UUCUCUCCAUUCUUACACCAUUUACACCUUCCUCUUUCAUUCCCAUUUUCUCUCUAUCUUUUUCUUUUCUCCAUUAAUCUUAAUUCCAUAAUUCCAUUUUUUCACUCUGGAUUUUCUCAUUCAACCCAUUUUUUUAAGCUUCUAAACUAAAUUAGGCCUGGCUUCCUUCUCUUCAACAAACCUUCCUUAACUUCACAUUUAUAAAAGCUUCCAAAUCAUGUAAUUUUAGACCCCUUUCUCAAUCACCCCCUUCAAAAAAAUCCCAAAAAAAAACUUUUUUUUUUAAAAAAAAAAAUUAGAUGAAUUUCUUUUGUAUCCCAAAGUAAAAAUCUAGUGUUUAUUAUCCUGGCUAAGCUUCCAAUUCUGCCUUAGAACAACUUUUAUAAAAAACCCCAAAUCAUGUAACUUUGUUUUUUAAAAUUCCCAUCAUUCAAACACCCAAAAAACCAAAAAAAAAUUGAUUUUUUUUAAUACCCAGAAGUUUGUUUAUUGAAAAAAAAAAAAAAGAAAAAAAAAUGCCGGAAUCGGAAAGUGGAACACCGGUGGCGUCGGCGCCGGCGACCCCAGGGACGCCGGGAGGGCCGCUGUUUUCCGGGCUCCGAGUGGAUUCUCUAUCGUACGAUCGGAAGUCAAUGCCGCGGUGUAAGUGCUUGCCCGUGAAUGCUCCCACGUGGGGCCAACCUCACACGUGCUUCACUGACUUCCCUGCUCCCGAUGUCUCUCUCACCCGCAAGCUAGGAGCAGAAUUUGUGGGAACAUUCAUCUUGAUAUUUGCUGCGACGGCAGGGCCCAUUGUCAACCAAAAAUACAACGGCGUCGAGACUCUGAUCGGAAACGCUGCGUGUGCCGGGCUGGCGGUGAUGAUCGUAAUUCUGUCGACGGGACACAUUUCUGGAGCCCAUCUGAACCCGUCGCUGACCAUUGCCUUUGCGGCCCUCCGCCACUUCCCUUGGGUGCAAGUCCCCGCCUACAUCGCUGCCCAGGUCUCCGCCUCCAUUUGCGCCUCCUUCGCUCUCAAAGGUGUUUUUCACCCUUUCAUGUCCGGUGGCGUCACUGUCCCCUCCGUCAGCACUGGCCAGGCCUUCGCUCUUGAAUUUAUCAUCACUUUCAAUCUCUUGUUUGUCGUCACCGCAGUCGCCACUGACACUCGUGCGGUUGGAGAGUUGGCUGGAAUUGCAGUCGGAGCUACAGUGAUGCUUAAUAUUCUUGUUGCUGGGCCCUCAAGCGGUGGUUCGAUGAACCCUGUUCGAACUUUGGGCCCCGCCGUGGCUGCCGGAAAUUAUAGAGCAUUAUGGGUGUAUCUGGUGGCGCCGACGCUAGGGGCAAUAGUCGGCGCUGGAACUUACACCGCUGUGAAGCUGAGAGAAGACGAAGUAGAAGCGCCGUCGCAGGUAAGGAGCUUCCGGCGUUGAAAUCAGGCGGUGGGCAUUGGCUAAGUAUGAGUCUAUGACAUAAAAUGUGUGUGUGUCAGUAGAAAAAAUAAAGAUAAGAAAAAGGCGAUUGGGGAUUGAUGAGACUGGAAGACCAUAUCGUCUUGAUUGCUACGUUUGUGUCUGUUUAUAUGCGUCAUUGCUUCUUCUUGCCAACUUUGAAUUGAGUUCUUUUUAGGGUUUCUUUUGUCGAAAACACACACUUCUGUGCUUUCUCUUUGCUUGUGAUCAAUAUGUAAUUGACAUCUUGUCUUUGUGAUAUAUAUAUUAUAAUGUAUGCCCUUGUGAUAUAUAUAUUA